UCAGCUCAGCUGCUGAGUCGCUGCGCCUUUACCAUCGGGCUGGGCCGCACAGUCUUGAGGACCACCAAGAGCCAGGCAGCCGAGUGAUGGAGACCAGCCUCAUCAUAAAGCACCCCGAGUAUGACAAACCUGCUAUGGCCAACGACCUCAUGUUCAUCGAGCUGAAAGAGCCGGUGCUCCAGCCUGACCCUAUCCAGCACCUCAGGAUCGCCUUCCAAUGCGUGAUCCCUGGAAAUUCUUGCGUCGUGUCUGGCCGGGGGUCUGCUGGGGGCCUGCCCAAAAUGCUCCAAUGCGCGGCUAUCUGGGGUGUCUGCAACACCACCUCUGCCCCCGACUACCACCCCAGCAUGUUCUGUGCUGGAGGACAGGAUGGAAAGGACUCCGGCUUUAGUGACUCUGGGGGCCCCCUUGUCUGCAACGAGCUUCUGCCGGGCCUCAUGUCUUUUGGAAAGACCCCGUGUGGCCAAUGGAACGUGCCAGGCAUCUACACCAACCUCUUCAAGUUCACUGACUGGAUACAGAAAACCAGCCAGGACUAGGACGCAGGAAAUUGAACCCCCAAAUAUAUGCUGCGGAAGGAAUUCAAGAAUCUGAGUUCCCAGCUCCUCCCUCAGCCCCAGGAGUCUAAUCCCACCAAAAACGGAUUCUUGUGCACAAUGCCCCCUAGUGGCACAAUAUUGACCCAGCCUUACCAGUGGUAGAAAAAGCUGCUUUUUCACCUUUUUUGUCCCUUUUUCCUAAACCCAGAAAUAAAGUCUAAGGGAAGAACCAGCUCUGUUCGAACUGUCCUCUUUGCUUCCAUUCCCAUUCAAAGGAUUCCAGCAAAUAGCUUUCCCUCUUUGGGCUUCUUCCCAUCUGGGAAAUGGGAGUCUUGGUCAGGAGGACAACAGGAUCCC